GCUGGACGGCGGAACGGCCGCAUCUUUGCCCCUCGGCGCUCCGCUGCCGGUAGCUGUCCGCGGCGCUCAGAUUGUGGCAACCUGAACUGAAGUAUCGUGAGACUUCCAACGUGAGAACUACACCAAAAAUUCUCCAUCAUCUUGUCUUUGACGUGAUCCACUGAUCGGAAUCUGCCUGUUCACAGAUCGGAAAGGAACAGAGAGUUUUCCUUGUUUAACAACCACACAGAGCACCCUAUCAUCUGCUUGAACAGGACAAGUGGUGAAGGAGAGUAGAAAUGGCAGAGGAUAGGAAAGAUGAAGCCAAGGCACCGCACUGGACUUCGGGUCAGCUAACAGAGGCUGCUUCGCACCCACACUCACCUGAAAUUAAGGAACAGAGCAGCGCGGGUGCCGGACUGGUCAGAAGUGCCAAUGGGUUUCCCUACCAAGAGGGCGAGGAGCCUGGGCUGGGCAGCCGGGAGCAGCCGGGGACGUAUGCUCGCAGCAGAGAGAAUGGAAUCAAUGGAGAGCUGUCGGCAGGGGACAGAGAGACAGCAGAAGAAGUGUCUGCAAGGAUAGUGCAAGUAGUAACAGCUGAAGCUGUAGCAGUCCUGAAAGGUGAACAGGAAAAAGAAGCCCAGCACAAAGAUCAGCCUGGACCACUACCUAUAGCAGUCGAAGAGUCAGCCAACCUGCCUCCUUCCCCACCUCCAUCGCCAGCUUCUGAGCAGACUGGAGCUCUGGAGGAAGAAGAAGAACCAGUAGAGAGUCCGAUGGCUGUGGAAGUGAAACCUGCUGCUCUUCCUGGGACGCAACUGGGGAAAGAGCAUGGGCCCACUGAGCCUUCAGAGCAGGCCAAGGGCCUCGAUCCAUUAGACACAAAGCGACAGGAAUCUGGAAAAGACAGUAAGACUGAGCAACCUAAACAUGAUGCCUUAGUUCCACAGCCAGCAAAAACAGAGGCUACAGAUAAAAAGGAUUCACAGAGCAAAGACAGAGAAAAAAUGCCUUCACCUCUAUCAGAACAGAUCUUGGAAACUGAUUCACAGAAGAAAUCGGAAGCCAGUUUUGCAGAACCUCCUGCCAAGCUUCCUAUUUCUCAAGUGCAAAAGGACUUGCCAUCUGAAUUGCCUAAAGGGAGCAAAACAGAAGAAAGGACUGCAGAGAAGCCCUCAUCAUCCAACCAAGUUCUAUCUGUGACAUUUAAAGAUGACCUUAAAGAUGUCCAAGAUCUUGCCGUCAGCCAUGAUGGAAGUUCUCUGUUCACAUCAGAACCCAAGAUAGAAGCAGCCAAAAGUGAACUGCCUUCAGACCCAUCUCUUGCUAUCCCCCAGGAUCUUCCCCUCAAAGACAGUGCCAAAAUAAAACCUGAACCUGCUGACCAACUGCCUGCCAAAGAACUUGCUGAAGACGAACAGGCCCACAGAGGCAUGACCCUAACUCUGCAAGAAGUCUCAACAGUAACUGUAGAUGGCCUGAAAACACCAAGCACGCAGAAAAUUCCUGCAUGGGGGCAGGAAAAGGACAUGACCAAGGAUGAGACCGAUGAGGAAGAAAGGUAUGACUUCUAUGAUAAAGGGGAGGCUCGAAUAUUAGAUGAUGCUAAAUUUACCACAAAGACUGAAGUUGAGACACUUCCCCCACACAAAGCAGACUUCCCAAAGGAUGGUGAAACUAAAAUGUCUGAUCUUUUCAAGGCAGAAAAAGAAAUGGACCAAAGUGGGCUCCAAGCAACAACAGCUAUGAAAAAGGACGUGCAGCCAAGCACAGAGGUAUCCCCUGGCAAAUUAAGCCAUGUGCCGCUCCCUGAGAAAACAACUGAGCACCCUGAUACUCCACAGUUAUCCCAAAUAACAGAGAAGAGCCCUGAGGCACCAAGUUCAACCGCUGAUAAGGCUCCUGCUCCAGAACCUUCUCAAGAGAAAGAUGUUAAAAAAGAAACCAAGGAGGAUAAGGAAAGUGUUUCAGCUACUCAUGAAAUGAAAACAGAAGUGGAUCGAUCGGGAAUGUCCAAGUAUUUUGAAACCUCUGCCCUGAAAGAGGAAGCCUUCAAAACAGACACUCUAAAACAAGGCAGCGAUUACUAUGAGCUAAGUGACACUAAAGAGAGUGCGUAUGAGACUUACCAGGCAGAUCGUCUGAUACCUGAAGACAAAGAGGAAGAGGAGGAAGAAUUACAGAUGGAAUUGGAUCAGCAGCAGAGUAUGCCUGCUCGUGAAAUAGGGUACAGUACCCUGGCUCAGAGCUAUACACCAGACAAAUCUGAAGAACCAAGUUCCCCAACAGAAAGAAUGUUCACUAUUGAUCCCAAAGUCUAUGGGGAUAAGCGAGAGCUCCACAGCAAAAAUAAAGAUGACCUAACUCUGAGCAGGAGCCUGGGACUUGGGGGCAGAUCUGCUAUUGAGCAGAGAAGUAUGUCUAUUAACCUGCCCAUGUCCUGCCUGGAUUCUAUAGCUCUGGGAUUUAGCUUUGGCCGUGCACAUGAUCUUUCUCCCCUUGCAUCAGAUAUUCUAACUAACACUAGUGGAAGUAUGGAUGAAGGCGAUGACUACUUGCCAGCAACCACACCAGCAAUGGAGAGGGCCCCUUGUUUCCCCAUUGAUAGCAGAGAAGAAGAUGAGCACGUUGAAGAAGAAAAAGCAAUGACAGAAGAAAAAGUCCAGCCUGAGACCUUGGUUGAAUCGCCUUUCCCAGCCAAAGACUAUUACAAAAAUGGUGCUGUCUUGGCUCCUGACCUGCCUGAAAUGUUAGAUUUAGCAGGGACAAGAUCCAGAGUAGCAUCGGUGAGUGCAGAUGCUGAGGUGGCACAGAAGAAGUCGGUUCCUUCUGAUGCUGUGGUGGAAGAGAGCAGCACUGCCCUGACAUCUGUGACAGAUGAAAACCAUGUAACUCUAAAAGCUGAAAGUCAGCUAGAAGACUUGGGCUACUGUGUUUUCAAUAAGUACACAGUCCCGCUCCCUUCUCCAGUGCAGGACAGUGAGAAUUUAACAAGUGAAACCUGUCCCUUUUAUGAAGGUGCAGAUGAAAAAUUGAGACGCAGCCUAGCUCCUGACCUGUCUUUAAUAGAAGUGAAGCUGGCAGCAGCUGAAAAAUCCAAAGAAGAAUUCCUCAGUGAAAAAGACUUGACGCAGCAUGCGACUGGUGAGUCUUUUCUAGCGAGGGACUUCGAGCAGGAGAAAAAAGAGAAGCUCGAUACUGUGUUGGAAAAAAGUGAAGAUCAAGCUGACUUUAAAGAGGUCUUAGAAAUGAAAGAGGAAGCCGUGUCUGAUAAAGUUCAUGUCCCCGAUGAUACCACCUACGACAGAAUAUUAGCUACACAGGUAACAGCAGAAAGAGAUGCUAUUUCUUUCUUGAUGGAGAAGGAGAAGACUCUUAGUGUUGUUCCUGAAAUAGCUGAGAUAGAAGCUCCAAUAAAACCAGACUACAAUGCCAUAAAGCAUGAUAUGGAAGUGGCUGCCAGGAGAGCUGACCAAGAAUAUCAGAAUCAGCUAGAUAGUAGGAUCAGUGAGGUUGAUUCUCUCCCUUCAGGGAAGGACAAAGCCCCUGUUAAAAAAACAGAGCCUGAGCCCAAAGAAGCUCAACAGAAAGAUCAGAUCAUCUUGUCUAGAGAAGCAAAGGAUGCAGAUUUACUUUCCAAGACCGAGCCUAGUUAUGUGAAGGACAGCACCAAACUGUCUGAAACAGAAAUUAAGGAGAAAGUAGCUAAGCCUGAUCUGGUACACCAAGAGGCAGUUGAUAAAGAAGAAUCUUAUGAAUCUAGUGGAGAACAUGAUCAAACCCAAGAAAGUUUGAACGGAGAACCCUUGAAACAGGAGGAUAUCAAAGGAGAAGCUCCAAAACCAUCUGUGUCUGAGGAAGAGGUGUCUACGCAGUUGCCAGCAAAGGAACCUUCCACAGAGCUCCUCCUUCCAAAAGCUGAGCCUCCCCAGGAAGAGCAUGCUGAGAUUCAGAUGGAGAGCAUCCCACAGCCUCCAGAGGAAACUGAAAAGAUUCCUGAUACAGUUGUGAAACCUACAGAGGUCCAAACAUUGCUGCCAUCAGAAGUGACAGCUGAGGCCACAAAAAGAGAAGACCACGAGGAAGAGAAGUUAGGUGGACAAGAAGAGAAAGAAGAGGAUAAACAUCAUCUUGUAUCAGAAAUACCCCCAGAAAUGGACUUUGGGAAACCUACUGAUGAAAAAUUGCUAGCCAAGGUUUGCCCAGAAGCACUGCCUGAACUGAAAGGCAUUAUUGAAUCAGUCGUGACAGUAGAGGAUGACUUUAUCACAGUGGUGCAGACAACAGUUGAUGAGGGCGAAUCUGCUUCUCACAGUGUACGUUUUGCUGCUACCCAGCAGGAAGACAUUGAAGCAGUGGACUCCCAGGCUGAAGAGGAGCUGGAGAUUGAGGAAGUGGUUGACAUUCAAGCUGAGCCAAGGGAGGGCUCCCCAGAAGCUCCUGCUUCACCUGAGAGAGAAGAAAUCUUGCUCACUGACUACAAAACGGAAACGUGUGAUGAUUACAAAGAUGAAACAACAGUUGAUGACUCCAUCAUGGACACAGACAGUCUCUGGGCAGAUACUCAAGAUGAUGAUAGGAGCAUCAUGACUGAACAGUUAGAGACUGUUCCUAAAGAGGAGAAGGCAGAGAGAGAAUUGCGAAGAUCAUCUCUCGAUAAGCAUAAAAAAGAGAAACCUUUUAAAACUGGGAGAGGCAGGAUUUCUACUCCUGAAAGGAAAAUAGCUAAAAAGGAACCUAGCACACUCUCCAGAGAUGAAGUGAGAAGGAAAAAAGCAGUGUAUAAGAAAGCUGAACUUGCUAAAAAAACUGAAGUUCAGGCCCACUCUCCCUCCAGGAAAAUCAUUUUAAAACCUGCUAUCAAAUAUACUAGACCAACUCAUCUCUCCUGUGUUAAACGGAAGCAGACAGCAGCAGUUGGUGAAACAAACCAGGCUCCUGGUGUAUUUAAACAAGCAAAGGAAAAACUCUCAGAUGGAGUAAGCAAGAGUCCUGAAAAGCGUUCCUCUUUACCAAGACCUUCCUCCAUCCUUCCUCCUCGAAGAGCUGUAUCAGGAGAUCGAGACAGGGAGGAGAACUCUCUCUCCCUCACAACAUCCCUCUCUUCUUCAGUACGACGGACCACCCGAUCAGAACCAAUUCGUAGCAGAACAGGAAAAAGUGGAACUUCUACUCCCACUACUCCUGGCUCCACUGCCAUUACUCCAGGGACACCACCAAGCUAUUCUUCCCGUACACCAGGCACUCCAGGGACACCCAGCUACUCCAGAACCCCACAUACUCCUGGAACCCCCAAAUCUGCCAUACUGGUACCUACUGAGAAAAAAGUUGCCAUAAUUCGCACUCCUCCUAAGUCUCCAGCAACUCCAAAGCAGCUGCGAGUUAUUAACCAGCCUCUACCUGACCUCAAGAAUGUCAGGUCCAAAAUUGGAUCAACAGAUAACAUCAAAUACCAGCCUAAAGGGGGGCAGGUACAGAUUGUAACGAAGAAGAUUGACUUGAGUCAUGUGACUUCCAAGUGUGGUUCGCUCAAGAACAUUCACCACAAGCCAGGAGGUGGACGUGUGAAAAUUGAGAGCGUGAAACUGGAUUUCAAAGAGAAAGCUCAGGCUAAAGUUGGCUCACUUGAAAAUGCUCACCACGUACCUGGAGGUGGUAACGUCAAGAUUGACAGCCAGAAACUCAACUUCAGAGAGCACGCUAAAGCCCGUGUCGAUCACGGCGCUGAGAUCAUCACUCAGUCACCAGGCAGGUCCAGCGUGGCUUCUCCACGCAGACUCAGCAAUGUCUCAUCCUCUGGAAGCAUCAACCUGCUUGAAUCACCACAGCUUGCUACCCUCGCUGAAGAUGUCACAGCAGCCCUCGCCAAGCAGGGCUUAUGAAUCUGCUCAUUUUGCGUUGUAUGAAGUAAUAAUAUUUAGGCAUGAGCUCUUGGCAGGAAUGGGCUCAGAGCAGGUGUUACAUUCAUUUUUACCAUGUCUAAAACUAAGUCACAUCCCAAGACUUGUAGUUACCAUACAGUUAAAAAACAAACAAACAGAUAAAUAUUAAUAGAUGCAGAAAUUGGCCUGAUCUCCAUUUACAACAGGAAGACACUGGCUUUAUAUGGGUAUACAACUGCAGUAUGUUACAUUGGACAAUUAUUGUUGCUCUGCUCUGUCUUGCAUGGAGUACCGUACUACAAUAAAAUGCAUUUUUACCUUUCAUGUGCCUGAAGGCCAUCCACCUCUUUCUGAAGAGCCUUGUUAAUAUCCCAAGUUGCUCAUUUCACUGUUCUGUUGAUAGAUGGGGAAAAAAAAUGAGAAACUGCCCAUUGUAAGUUAUUACAGGUUAGAUUAAGAGUCUGCUUACCAGAAGGAAGGGGCAUAUAGAGAAAUUCAAGUUUAAUUAAUAAAAAAAAAAAAAAAGUGAUAUUUUGUAUAAAUGAGUAGAACAAAAGUUGAAUUAAGUUAUUAACAUUUUUUUGGACCUGGAUAAUUAUGUCGGUGUAUAGCUGAUAAAGCCAAUAAAUUAUUUAACUAAUAACUAAAGCUAUUAGUUGAAAACAUUGAAUCAUGCUUGGGGAAGUGACGUAAAAAAGCUUUGAAAGCGAGCACUUCCACCCCAAUGGACUUGUGUCUGAUUAGGAAGUUGGUUAAGCGGCUAGAUCUGUGUAGUCACCAUCAGUUUCACAUCCUUUCCGUCUGUUUGAUACAGUAUUAUAGAUAUAUAUUUCUCUGUGGCCAUUUGUGAGACGCCCUCUUCAUAUACUUGAAUAUUCUACUUUAUUCACAGUAUCUGUGUCUCUUGCACCCUUUGGUGUUGCAAUUUUAGGUAUGUAAAAGUAGAUGUUAGCAGGGUUUCUUUUUCCCUAUUCAUAAAAAUACAUUUAAAAAAAAGAUGAAAACUUUUAGCAUGAAGUUGCUUUCUGUAACAACUAAAAGCCGUGACCCUGUUUUAGUGCCAGAUGCAAGUCUCUUCUGUGAUGCUAGAAAAAGGAUUCCUUCCCUCCUCCCUCCCUUUCUUCACAAAGAUAUGAUUUCUGUGGGGUCCAGAAGUUUGUAAAACGGUCUCCAAAGAUGGCUGGGUUUGGAUUCUGGAUUUUUUUAAAAUCCAAAAUAGUUUGGCUUUUUUUUUUUUUUUUUUAAACUCCUGUAGUAACAGC